UCGGGCUCCCGCCCCGUCCCUGCGCCCGGAGCCAUGGCCAGCGGCACAGGGGAUGGCGGCAACGCCCGCUUGAGCAUCGCCUCCCAGUUCUUCACCCAGGAGGAGGGCAGCGGCACGGACAGCAUGACCACCUCGGAGAGGGUGGUGGAUCUGUUAAACCAGGCUGCCUUGAUCAGCAAUGACUCUAAAAUCACCAUCCUCAAACAGGUCCAGGAGCUAAUUAUAAACAAGGACCCCACGCUGCUGGAUAACUUCCUGGAUGAGAUCAUCGCCUUCCAGGCGGACAAAUCCAUCGAGGUGCGCAAGUUUGUCAUCGGCUUCAUCGAGGAGGCCUGGGAGAUCAUCGCCUUCCAGGCGGACAAAUCCAUCGAGGUGCGCAAGUUUGUCAUCGGCUUCAUCGAGGAGGCCUGGGGUCCCCGGGCCAGCCUCGCCCGCCAGCGGCCCAUGUUCAUGGCCGAGGUGAUCCAGGCCUACGAGACGCUGCACGCCAACCUGCCGCCGACCCUGGCCAAGUCCCAGGUGAGCAGCGUGCGCAAGAACCUGAAGCUGCACUUGCUGAGCGUGCUCAAGCACCCCUCGUCCUUCGAGUUCCAGGCGCAGAUCACCACGCUGCUGGUGGACCUGGGCACGCAGCAGGCCGAGAUCGCCCGCAGCAUGCCCAACCUGAAGGAGGCGCGCAAGCGCCCGCGGGACGACACCGAUCCCUCCCUCAAGAAGAUGAAGAUAGAGCCGUCCCUUGGGGAGGAUGACGAGGACAAGGACCUGGAGCAAACGGCCGUGCCGCCGCCCAAGCCCUCCGUCCAGACGAGCCCCCUGUCGGACACGGACAUCACGGCCGAGUUCCUGCAGCCCCUGCUGACGCCGGACAACGUCGCCAAUCUGGUGCUGAUCAGCAUGGUGUACCUGCCCGACACCAUGCCUGCCUCCUUCCAAGCCACCUACACCCCCGUGGAGUCGGCCGGCACAGAAGCCCAGAUCAAGCAUCUCUCCCGCCUCAUGGCCACCCAGAUGACAGCUGCAGGGCUUGGCCCAGGUAUGUCUGCCGAGGGGGCGGAGAGACCUCUCUAUGGGUGCACCCCGCCCCCCCGCCGGCACUGGCAUUCCCCUGAACAGAGCCAGGCCAGAGCUGAUCCCUGCGGGACCCCACUCGCUGUCCCCUUCCAGCUUGGGAUGACGCGCCGUCCGACGCUGAGCUGCUCCCUCCCUCCCCACUCCAGGCUGGCGGGCGCCGGUGGGCGCAAGAAGGUUUUCCGCCUGAGCGACGUGAUCAAGCCGCUGACGGAGCAGCAAGGGGACAAGCUGAAGCUGGCAGCCGUGAAGCGGAUCCUGUGCUCGGAGAGAGCCGUAGCCUGCAGCGGGGCGGCCCAGGCCCGGGUCAAGAUCCUCGCCUCCCUGGUGACCCAGUUUGGCGUGCCCCUGAAGAGCGAGGUCAUGGCCUUUAUCCUGGACGACGUCCGCAACCGGCUGGACCUGGCCUUCGCCUGGCUGUUCCACGAGUAUAACGCCUACCUGAGCAAGUACCCCAGCGGCUCCCUGGAGCGCUACGACGAAUGUCUCCUUGGCCUGCUCUCCGGCCUGCAGGAGAAGCCGGACCAGAAGGACGGGAUCUUCACCAAGUUGGUGCUGGAAGCCCCGCUCAUCACGGAGAGCGCGCUGGAGGUGAUCCGCAAGUACUGCGAGGACGAGAGCCGCACCGCCCUGGGGAUGUCCACCCUGCAGGACCUGAUCUUCAAGCGCCCGUCCAGGCAGUUCCAGGAUCUGCACGUGCUGCUCGACCUCAGCUCCCACGAGAAGGACAAGGUGUGUCCGGGGGCCUCCUGGGUCCCUCCCGCCAUGCUCCUGUCAAGGGAGAUCAGCCUCGCUCGUCCCUGCCUCGCCUUCUCGGCCCGCCCGCGACGUGCGACCCGCCCUGCCUCCCGACCUCUGCACCUAGUUCCCGUGUGGGAGCUGUGCGCUCACGUUCCUCCUUCCUUGAUCCGCGGGAUGGGGAUGAAUUCCCCGGAGCUGCUGCUGCUGGUGGAGAACUGGCACAAAGGGGCUGAGACCCUGGUGACGCGCUGCCUCCACAGCCUGACGGAUCCCCACCCUGCUCCCAGACCCCCGGCCCCUCCCAACGGGCCCUGCCCUCCAGAGGGCCGCUGGCCUGCCUGGGCCUCGGUUUCCCGUUCAGGGCUGGCCGUGGUGAUGCAGCAGCUGAUGGAGCAGAGCCCCCUGCCCAUGCUGCUCAUGAGGACGGUCAUCCAGUCGCUGACCAUGUACCCGCGCCUGGGCGGCUUUGUCAUGAACGUCCUGUCCCGCCUCAUCAUGAAGCAGGUGUGGAAGUACCCCAAGGUGUGGGAGGGCUUCAUCAAAUGCUGCCAGCGCACCAAGCCCCAGUCCUUCCAGGUCAUCCUGCAGCUCCCUCCGCAGCAGCUCAGCGCCGUCUUCGAGAAGUGCCCCGAGCUGCGGGAGCCCCUGCUGGCCCACGUCCGCUCCUUCACCCCGCACCAGGUACCGCUGCCCCCGCGGGAGAGUCGCCCUGGGGUGGGGCACAAGCGAGGCUGCCUUUACCAGCCGCUGAUGGAGCAGGAACUGGAACCCGCCCCCCUCCUCCCGCGCAUGUCCCAGGACAUGAUCGCCCUGCGGCUGGCCCAGGAGAAGGCGCUCAAACGGCAGCUGGAGGAGGAGCAGAAGCUGAAGCAGCCGGCCAGCCAGCCACGCCCGGCCCAUGUCCUGGCACCACUGCCCGCCGAGGAGCCCAUGGACUUCCGGGAGGAGAGGCCUGAGGUGGAAACACCCACCAUCUUCAUCAGCGUGCAGGAGGAAGAGGAGGGCUCCGGGGGAGACGGGUCCCUGUUGGACUCCAGCGCGGAGGGGCCCCCGCCGGCCAAGGAGCCGAAGAGCAAGGAGGCGGGAGCCGGUAGCGCCGCGGACGAAGAGGCCGAGAGCAAGCCAGAGAACCUCCCACCGGCUGAGCCAGCGCCCAGCAGCACCCAGCCCAGCGGGCCCCAGCCGCCCAGCCAGCCGGAGGAGCAGCCAGAGGCCGGAGCGGGGCAGGAGCAGAAGCAGAAAGCGGAGAGCUGAUGGGGCAGUGCUGGCCUGCGGCAGAGGCCUACAGGGCAAAGAGACUCGGGGGGGAUGAGCAGACUGCACAGCUAAUGACCUGGAGCUUGACUAAAUAAACAGUCGCUGUUCUGGUGCCCUUCCA